AUGGAGAUCAAAGACGUCAUCACCAACAUCCCCGAAACGAACAAGUACGAAAAGGUAAAGGAAGAGCUGAUAAAACGCCUCUCCUCAAGUCAAGAACAGAAAACCAGGCGCCUCCUGGAAAGAGAAGAGAUGGGUGAUAGGACGCCAUCUCAAUUCCUACGCCAUUUGAGGGACCUAGCUGGCGCAAACACAGGGCGCCUGCCGAGAAAUAUGCAAGCCAUCCUUGCGACGCAAUCGAAAUGCACCUUGGAUGAGGUAGCGGUGUCGGCGGACAAAAUCCAUGAAACCAUGCCGGAGGCAAGAGUUUUUGCAAUCAACAACAACGCGAACCCCAGCAGCGCCAUCACCGGCACUCAUGGAAACUUUGACGCAACCAUCAGCGCCCUCUCGCAACAAGUGCAGGACCUUUCACGACAACUGGCAGCACUGCAGACUUCGCAGUCUGGUUAUGUUUCGCGUUUUGGGACUCGGGCGCCAUCUAGGUACCGGUUGAGGAGUCGUAGCAAGCCGCGCGAUGGAAAAUGCUGGUUUCACCACCGUUUUGGCGACAAGGCAAGGAAGUGUGAAGCCCCAUGCUCCUACCAAAAAAACGGCACAAGCAGUCAGUAG